AUGUACACAAAAACGAAACAAACAAUAAUCUUAAUAAUAGUGGCGUUGUACAUGAUUGUUUUUAUUAUGUUGCUACAACACGCCAUAACCGAUCACAAAGUACAAAACAUCGGUGCAACUAUCAAAGAAAAUCACAAACUACUACCAAAUGAUUUAUCUAUAGAAAGAAUUUGUCGGAAAAUUUACGGCAAAAUAGCCAUCGUGUCGGCUGUAACUGCUGGUAACUACGUCAGAGAUACCGUCAAUAAUGCAGUACAAUCAGUCAGGUGUUACGCUAAGUUGAAACGCUAUGAUUUGCUUCUAAUCCAAGAAGAAAAGGAUGGUACUUAUACAGGGUUGAAUGGGUGGACGAUUCCCAAACAAUGUCUUCAAAAAGAUGUCGGUCUAGCAAAGAAACGACAUUGUUUUGUUGCUCAGUUACUCUAUUAUUACGAUUAUAUUGUUCAUUUGGACGCAGAUACUGGUGUUGUGAACGCUCGGCAUUGUUUUGAAGAGUACAUCACACCUGGAAUUGAUGUAUUUCUUUUAGAAAGGAUCCACUCGGGUGAAAUACAAUCUGGAAAUUAUAUAGUGAAAAAUUCCACAUACGCUCGAAAUUUCUUGAUGGAUUCCUAUAGGCGCAUGGUUGAUCCAAAAAAGGUCGAAAACGCCGAGUUAGUAUUCGAGUUUCAUUCUCGUGUUUUAAUAAAGCAGGUAUAA